AUGUUGCCCGAUUUCUUGCAAAGCAAUUACAGACGCUACAAGGAUGACACCAACAGCUUUGCAACCUGGCUCCUAGAGGCAGCCGGCAAAUGUGGCUAUCAGAGCCACGACCUCAUUUCUCCCGCUUCCACCUCAAAAAAGAACAAAAACAAAAGCAAAAAGAAGGCGUCAAAUGACUCUGAUCCAGUCCAGUAUACCGCGACGAUCAAGGAUCUUCAAUUGUUGGCUGAUAUUGUAGCCAAGUCUGCUCUCGCUGUGCCCAGAGCAGUUAUCGUCAUCGUCAAACGAGCGAUCAAAUUGAGGAGGCAGGUCACUGCUUGGUUUUUGGGGGCAAGGGGACUCGGAGGACAACAAGCGACAUGCCCAUUUUAUCUCUGCACUGGAGAAGAUCUGCCGGAUGCCGAGGAACCCCUUCCAACCUCGGAGGCCAGGGGUAGUGAUGCCGACCUCGACUUGUUCCUAAACAGAUUCGCUGUACUCACUGUUGAGGAACCUCUUGAGUCUCUUGAGACUCAAGAGGGCGAGCGAAAAUCCUCCGAAUUGCAGAAGAUUGUGAAGGUGGAGCUGGUCGAAAAUGACGAGGAUGAAGCGGAGAGAACACUCGGUCUCUUAUUCUUCAAGACAUACUGCUUGUUCCACGACCUGCACAAUAUGCGUGCAUUUAUCUCUCAAACCUGGUCAGAAUACCGAGAUAAGAAGAUCGAUCUUAUGAACGCUGCUCUCGUGACCGAUAGCGCUUUGCAACUUGCGCGAGAACUUGUGCAGGAGGUGAUGGAUGACUGGAGCCCUUACAACAUGUCGCACGAUGAGAACCUCCAGAAAGUGGCCUUCGGUGUCGCUGCCAUGAGCAGGGGCAUCGAUAUGACUCCAUCUGUUGAGGUCGGUCUGCCAUACAAUAAACGCAUGUCUGAUGUGGCGGAGUGGUGCUAUGUACCCACAUUAACCUUGCUGGAUGCGUUCUCGCGUGUCCUGGAGAAUGACCAUUUGCCGGUCGUUAAGAAGGGCCACUUCGGUGUUUACGAUCCCAAGGCGAACAGAGAGGGGAUGUCUCUGGGUCAGAAGUUCAACGAAGACAAAAUCCUUCUUCUCGAGCUACUGCCAGAGUUCUGCAUGAUCGAGGCGUUUGGUAUUCGCAUGAUUACGCCCGAUGCGAUUACUACAGGUCUUCAUGAGUUUACCAAGACCAAAAAGGUCGACACAUGGCUUUGCUUCGCUUCUCAGAUCCUCCUUGAUGUCCAUCAUAUCAUGCGUCACAGCACUCUUGGUGCAUUUGAUGACCUUCGGAUGUCUGGACUGCGUAUUCAAAGAACUAUCGAUGAGUACCUGAAGGUUUCCAAAUCACACCCUCCGCCCAAAUUCUGGCCCAAGGAGGGCGAUGAAUACAUCAAAGAUAUACGUUUUACCGUGGAAUCCUGGAUCAUUGGGGAUCCCUUCUUGGAAUUACGGCAGCGUUCUCGUUCGUUGCCAGGCAAGAUUACACCAGAAAAGCAUACGCUUUUCUCCCAGCAUGCCAUCCUUUGUGGCUUGACCUUGUUUAAUCUCAAUGUCCGGAUGCAGGAUGCUGGCCAACAGCUCGUCACGCAAUGGUACGAUGUCCAACAAUUGGCUUUCUUGUACAAUCUUACCAAGAGUGAAUUCCAUUCGAACUUGAGUUGGCCCGACAUGGAGACUUUCAUCAAGAUCCACGGCGAGUCUCAUAUAUUUAUCGGUUCUCGGCCAAAGAAUGCUAGCGAGUCUUUGAAUAGGCUUGAACUGGCCACGGGUAUAUCCUCCGCUGCCAGGUUUGCCCGCAACUCUCGCGAUCACAACAGAAAAGAGUUCCAUCGCCCCGACGGAAAGAAUCCCAGAGUGUUGACGCCAACAAAUACGGUCUCGAACUUAUUCCACUCUCAGUAUAUCGUUGGCCCUGGAGAUAGUGGCAAAGGCAUUCACGCUAUUCUGGAUACACUCUCGCAGGAACUGUGUCUCAAUGUGACCGGCCAGGAGCUUACGCCCUCAAGUCUGCAAAAACUGUCUCAACAGAAGUGGACCAAAAACCACAAUGUCGGCACCCUGCAACUUCUCACCCUUCUGAAGGGCAGGUUGUUCGAAGAGGAGCCUAUACUCCUGUUCAACUACUUCGGCAUGCACAAGCGCUCCCUGGAGCUGCUGAGGCUGAUCAAAGCGAAAGAGCACCACAAGUUUGUCCAGUAUUUCACGGCUAGCUAUAUGCCCGAUGAGUCCUUCAUCUCAAACAUUGUACUUCUGGUUCUUCAUGUCGCGCGAGGCUCGGCAGAAAGCGCGCGUCAAAUGGGGCUCACCUCCGCGGGUACUGGUCCAAUCGUCAGUCGAAUUGUCAAGAGCUGUGGUGAUGUCAUGCAGGAGUAUCUGAAGAAGAAUGGAGAUGUGGCAUGCAAAGAGCUGAGGGUGUUCUGCAGAAACAAGAAGCCAAUCUACGAGGAGAUUCCCUCUGAUGAUAAGGACCCAAAGUACAGUUACUUUUCGACCAUUGAAGAUAUUAUGGGUCCAAAGGCUCUCGCCUCGCUCAUGACUGGGAUUUCAAUGGCUUAG